AUGCCACGACCACCACUACCCAAAGGCUCCAGACUGGAGAGUAAGAAAGCCCAGGCUAGCAUGAUCAUGCCCAGCGAGGAAGACCAACCUGAAAAGGGAACCCAAGGAAGCUGGACUGUUGACCAAGGUCAGGAAGUUCAGGCUUUAUCAGUUGAUGUCCAGGGAGAGGCUAGUGGGGAAGCAGAAGCAGCUAGGUAUAGAGAAUGUCCUAAGAUUGAGUACUCAGGGAUCCAUGGGCGGAGGAAAUUAGCCACGAGGGCAGAGAUAAGAAGUGGAGAUGGGCAAGACUUGGGACUAAGGGAACUGCAGCUCCUGGAGGGAGGAGAGUGGCCUGAGGUUAAGGGUUUUGGAGAGACUGAUGUGCCCUGUGCAGGAGCACCAAGGAGCUCAGGUGGAAUGGAAGAGAGUGGGGACUUGCAGCACCUGUGGGCAAAGGGGACUAGUGGGGAGGAUGACCAUACAACAUUUUCACCUUCAUCUCCAGACACAGAAAAAAAGAGAUCAGCUUUUGAAGACCUCACUAAUGGUAUUACCAGUUUUCAGCCACCAGGCCCAGAAAACCUGAGAGAUCUUCCUGUGGAGGAGGAGCUUGGAGGACUAACCUACUUUGAUGAGACAAAGAGAGACAGUGUCCUGCAUGUCCACAGUUUGGGGAGGGUUCUGGCAGAGGGUGAGACUUCUCAAAGUCAAACUGUGCAGUCAAAGAAGGAAGAUGAUACAGAGCAUGGGAGCCAUGUUUCCAUGAGGAUAAGCAAGAAAGUUGAUAAAAUUUCUCUGAGAAAAAGGAAGGGGACAGCAGGUCCUGAGAGCAGCCAGUCCCAGGCAGGGCCAGGGCAUGUGACCACACAGCAGGUCUCCGAAGGUGGUUGGUCCCUUGCAGCAUUCCCAGUGAUAGCCAUGUGGGCGGCAGGUGGUUCCAAAGUUGGACUUGUCACCUCACUGUCAAACGUGGAGAAACAGUUUAUUCUGGAUAUACCCACCAAGUCUAAAACACUAACUACUAAGGAACCAUCUGUCUUUCAAAAGACAUUAGUUUUAAAUAAGGAACCUGUUACCGAGGAGACAAGAUUUUUAAAGAAGACAUUACAGAGCCGUGCAUGCCAUCAGAAGACAUUUCUAGCGGAGAAGCCACUAAUCUUGCUGGAGGAGACUGAAGACUACAAUGAGUUUGAUGCAGAGCCCAUGACGACUUCUAAAAAGAAUCCAGAAGAAGCAGACAUCACUGAGAAGAUGAUUGAUUUAAAUAUGCCUCUCAGGAAGUUGACUGUCACCUUGAGUCCAUUGCCUUUAAAGAAUAAAUAUAUUAUACAAGAGAAGUAUACUGUUCAGGGGAAGAGUUCAGUCAGGGAGAAAUCAUUAGCAUUAAAGGUGCCGGCUACUAGAGAGAAGUCAGUAAUUAGAAAACCAUUUUUCAAGAAAAAGAAUCCUACCACCGAGAUGAAGUCUUUGUUACAGGAGCCGUCUUUACUGCAAGAGAAAUGUAACGCUCAAGGAGGGGAGUCAAGCAUCUUGAAGAAGCCAUGGGUGUUGCGAGAGAAUACAAAUAAUAAAGAUGAUGCUUUAGCAGAGCCAGUUACUUCUAAGGGAAAACAUAGUACCAAAGAAGCAACCAACACAAAACAGCUAUCCUCUUUUAAAAAUAACCAUGACACUCAGGGGAAAGGCACCCGUGAACAUGAGCCAUUGUCCUAUAAGAACUCCAACACCAAGAAAGAUUCCCAUUUCCAGGGGCCAUCUGCAUUGCAAAAGAGGCACAGUAGUCCUGGGGUAUUGUCCAAGUCGAAGAAGCUCUGUGGUUCACAAAAGCGGCACAUUGAGAAGUCACAUGUUCAGUUAGCUUCAGCCUUUAAGAAACAGCGCAUCAUGGAGGAACCAGCCUCCACUCUGAAGCCUUUAACUUCAGAGAUGCAGCAGACUUUUACUCAAGGGACAGUGUUCCAUUUUCAAAACCCACGAGUAUUAUUGACAGACAUUUUAAGAUCAGAGUCACUAAGAAAGGAGCUACUGCCCUUUAAGAAAGAAAAUAUAGCUUUACCGAAAAAAAAGUGCACUACUCCUAUAAUCCCCCUCUGGCCAGCACAGUCAGAGUGGCUGGAAAAAAUUGAUGAAACUAGGAACUUUCUCCCUAAAAAGCCUAGAUCACUUAGGAAUGAAACCAUAACUAGGUUCCAACAGAAUCCAUCUUCACCAAAUGAAAAGUACUCCAUUCCUCAGAAACUAUGCCCUGCAAUGCCAUCUGUCUCAGAGGAGAAGACCACCAGUCAAGAAGGGGCACAUAGUACUGAAUCAGUGACUUUAAAUGAUGAUAAGGAAUUCUUCUCCCCAGAGCUAUUUUCUCCUUAUGGUUCUGCUGAUGAAGAUACAUUGAAAGUCCAGAAGUCUUUGGACUUUCAAGAAAAGACUGAUAGAAAAAAUGACACACACACAAACCUGCUUGCCUCCCAGGACAGUGUUUCAGAUGAAGAGUUGUUUUUAAGAAAGCUCUUUUGUAAGGAUAGAUACCCUUCCUCUACGGAAUUGAGCCAACAGAAGGCUGCUGCUCUAGAGCAGGAAUUUGUCUUAAGGCAAGUGUUGGAUGAGAGCAGCAGUGGUGGCGUUGACAAGUCUCUUAGUAAUCAGUCACUGUGCUUUCCAAACUAUUCCAGCACUAAGGAGGAGGCCUCUGAGGAACCUUUAAACAUGCCGGAAAAUAUGGCUGUCCAUAUGGAGUCAUCGAUCACACAAGGUAAUUCUAUUCAAGAGGCUGCUGUCAAGAAGCACACCACUGAUGCAGAAACUCAGUCCAAAAAGUUCUUGACCUUGCAGGAGACAACCAGCAUUGAGGAGGUAACUCUGAAAGAGCUCGUAGCUUCACAGGAGAAGCCCAGAGCUGAGAUGGUAACUGUUCUGAAGGAGCUACUGGUCGUUGUGAAGAAUCCCAGUGUAGAGAAGAUAUCCUUGAUCACUCAGGAGAAACAACUCAGUAAUGUAGAGGAUCUCUUGAGUGAAGUAUUGGAAUUGGUGGAGAAACCUACUGUAAAAGAAUCUACUCUGGAGGAGCCCUUGGUCUUGCAGGAGAACCCUAGCACUAAAACAGAGGCUAGCCUGAAGGAAGCAUUGGCCUUGAAAGAGAAUCCCAGCAUUGAGAAGGCAAACUGUAAGGCGUCUUUGACCUUUGAUCAUAAGCCUGACAUUGAGAAGGAUGAUGUAACCAGAGAGACACUAACUGUUGAGGAGUCCGCAGUGCCAUUGGCAUUGAAUGAGGGACUCACUGCUGCAGACGAAUUGUCCUUCUCGGAUCUACCAGCUUUGGAAGACACUACUGUUAUUGACAGCGAGGAUUUUUCCAAAUCAUUCCUUAUCUUUCCACCUGACACUAGCCCUAAUAUGUCCAGCAAUGCUUUAGCAUCCAAACAAGACAAUUCCAGUGCUGCCAUGGCCUGUGUAGAGAACUUCAUUCCUCUCAUGAAUUCCAGUCCAUAUGACUCUGACUCCGAAGACUUUCAGUCAGCUCAGGGCAUAAGACUUCCUGAGAUAAUCACAUUGGAUGACAGUGACUCAUUGGAAAGUAUUGAAAGGGAAGACAGGAAUCCGGCAUGCAACUCUGUAUAUAUCAAGGAAAUCUUCUCUUACUUGAAGAAGAGAGAGGAAAAGUUCAUAGUUGGAAAAUACAUGGAGCAGCAGAUGGAGCUCACCAGUACGAUGAGAGCCAUUGUUGUGGACUGGCUGGUGGAAGUACAGACAUCCUUUCAGAUGAGUAAUGAGACCCUGUAUUUGGCAGUGAAGCUAAUGGAUUGCUACCUAAUGAAGGCACAAUGCAAGAAGAAUAGACUACAGUUCCUUGCUUCCACUGUCUACAUGAUUGCAACCAAAUUUGAGGAAUCCUAUCCACCUACUCUGCCAGAGUUCCUUUAUCUUUGUGAAGAUGUUUAUGAGCCGUGUGAUAUGGCUUCCUUGGAAAUGAACAUCCUAGAAACUCUCGACUUUGACAUCAAUAUUCCCACUGCAUAUCAUUUUCUUCGUAGAUAUACUACGUGCACCCAUGCUAGCAUGAAGACACUAACUUUGUCCCGCUUCAUCUGUGAGAUAACCCUGCUGGACUACGAAUUUAUCCAAGAGAGGCCAUCAAAGCUAGCUGCAGCCUGCCUUGCCUUGGCCCUCUAUAUGAGGAAUCUCGACAAUUGUAUUCCUUUACUGGAACAUUACACUCACUACAAGAUUAGGGAGCUUUGCGCCUUGGUCCUGAAGCUAAACAGUUUGGUGACUUUUCAACCUAAUAAUUCCCUCAAGAAUGUGUAUGAGAAGUAUUCUGAAGAGAACUUCUUUGAAGUUGCCAAAAUACCUCCUUUGGACAUGAACUAUCUAGAGGAGAUUUUACACUGUGCAUUAUUGAGCUGA